AUGAGCUUUUUGUUGGUCAUUUCUGGGGCAACACUCACAGGCUUCGUCAUCUAUGAGGGUAACAUACCACCGGACCCCAUUCUUCGACUCACCAAUUUUGCGCAGCGCACAGCAUCAGCUAUUUACCUGGGAACGUUUAUUCACGGUGUUUUACUAUGGUGCCUCUUCCACUAUCUUCCACUUUACUAUGAGUCUGUUCAAAGUUAUAGUGUUAUCAUUUUAAGAGUCGCAAUUUUCCGGGAGAUAUUCGCUGUUACCCCUGCGUAA